CAGUAAAUCAUCCUCUACCAAGAAUCAGUACAGUGCCAAAGAUCUCUCUGUAGCAUUCCAAGCGAGCUCCUUCAACCUAUACACAACUGCAGUUGUUGUUGUUAGAUUGCAUUCACAAACGCGAACGCGAAUAACAGCAUGGUGGAUGGCCAACGGGAAGUCUCGUACCGCCCGACCCCGACGGGCAGUCCGUCGCGUUCCGGACCUCCCAGUAUGACGGUCCGAGCCCGUCGACGCCGCGAAGAAUCCGUACGUCGUUUGGUUGCCGAUAUGCAAGCUCGUCGAGGAGAAGACGAAACGCACGAAUGGUUGGUCGCUUCCACAAUCGCGACGGCCCUAGAACAAGGAUUGGACCGAGAGUUGCACACGGAAUUGGUGCAAGAAACAAAAGACAACGCCUCCCGGAUUGGCCAAAUCUGUCACGAUCACGCCAACGUCUUCCUCUCCAGUGUUGCUCAAGUAGCGGCUUUGGGCGAGCCUUCGGCGCAGCUGGCGCAGGGAUUAGAAGAAGCUUACCAGACGCUGGAAUCGCAAACGGCCGGACCCCUGCAACAAGCCGUGGAUCAACACAAACAAGCCCACAAAUCCCUGACGCAGGCCAAAGCACUUUCGGAAACGCUCGUGGCUUGUCAGCUUCUCGCGACGCAACUCGAAAAAGCCCGUAAACAGGCGUUGCUGGGACGUCCCCGGGCCGCACUGGCGGCCGUCGAUCAAGCCCGCACCGUUCUAACACAACCACUCCUCGUGGACGCGAGUUUGAAUCAAAAUAAAGAAACACGAUUGACGCUGGAACAAACCCCGCUUGGGCGUCGCGCCCAAAUUGUUCUACCCAAGCUCGAAACCGAAGUCCUGCAAGCCGCUCGGCGGGCCUGGAAUCGUUGGUGGGUACAACUCCGCAAUGGCGAACAAGCGAAGGCUGGUAAGGCUGUACUCCGACAGGUGGGUCACGCCGUUGCCACGGGUCCGUCGCAGCUAAGUCUUGGGGGUAAUCUGCCCUCGAGCUACGUCUGGCGGGCCCAGACUGCUCAUAAUCUCGUAUCUCGGGUGGAUCAGAAAACGUCCGUCGCCCGCGCGGCACGGGCGGCCUACUGGUUGGACCGGGACGCCGCUAAGGAAGCGCAACGCAUCGCCACAAUCACUUCUCACGGACUAGCCCGCAAACUCGAAUCGAUCGCCGCCUGUCUCGGAUGGUACCGUUGCUGGGAUGCCUCGGCUUCGCUGCUUUUGGAUUUGUCGGAGUUCAACGGGACGGACGCGGAAGGCAACUUGUUGGUGGGGAGUGGCUCUCGACACGGAUCCCGACACGGAUUGGCGGGAUCGCGUCACGGUUUGCGGGGGUCACGACACGGAAAAGCCCGAUCGCUGGGUUUUCGGUCCACAGCGUCGCGCUCCCAAACUACCGCUCCGAGCACGCUGAGUGGUGCUGCGUCAGGGACCAAUGUGGCUACCGGCAAAUGGGCCGAAGUAUUGCUUCCGGCAGUGUUACUUUCGCAAACACCCUCCCGCCGUGAGGAAGACGAAAUCCUCAUGUCCCUUCCUGAAUCGGUACACCCUGUAAGACGGGCAGAAUUAGCGUAUCGUCUCUUGGGUCGGACGGACGAGUUUGUGCAGUACUAUGAACAGAAUCGCUUUAAUGGUGGUGCCGAGGACGCAGAAAGCGAGCGAUCGGCACUCUCUGCGCUUACAGGCGACGACAUCACCUUGGGAUCUGAUCGUACGUUCUUCAGCAAGACCCUACCAACCUUGUGCGCUUCGAUUGUCGGAUUUACCGCCGUCGAAGCGGCCUUGGAAGUCGGGACGUUCGCUGGAGAUGAAGAGGAAAACACUGAAGAAAGCAAAGAAUCACGAGCGUUUGCCGCGGUUUCUCGUUCGCCUGCUGCAGCGACAGGUAGCACGACCUUGACAGCCAGUCGACUACGGGAAUCUUCCGAACGCUAUGAACGAGCCCUGACGAGCGAGCUGGGUGAUUUGAUUCGCGAGCGUGCCAAGCGUAGCAAUCUAGGUGAACUGGUCCGCUCCUCAAUUCUCAUGUCGAGCUUCCGUUCAUCUCUCAAAGUAGUCCAUCCGAGUUCGUCUUCCCGUCGGCACGACAAGGACCUACUGGCUUUGGACACGGAAAUCCUCCUAAGAGCCCUCAAAAUUUCGCAAGAUGAACAGCUCCGCGCAACUACUGCAAUUGUGGCGGAGGAUCGCAAGGUCCCCAUGCUAGUAGCGGAUUCUUCUGCUGCUCAAAAAGGAAGAUCCAUGCAGCAACCCACAUCGGGAAUCCCCGACCCCGAAGAAAUUGGCUUGCCUUUUGGUUUGAACCAAAUGAAGCAGCAACCUACAAAAUCCAGUUUGCAGUUUCAAGAACAAUCUCAAGCAUCUUUCAAUCGAUCGGCCGUCGACCAAGCUUACACCUUUUCCGACUCCUUACCUACUGUGAUUCGGUCCUUGCACGCCCGAGCCAUUGCUAUGGUUGUAUUUGCUCUGAGUCAGGAGGAGUUGGGUCAAUCCUUUUCUGCAAAGAAGGGAAGUAAUGCGGCCGGAUACGUCUUGGAUGCCAUUGGCGAGUUUGUCAACGUGACAUCUGUUGGCAUGAAGGACAGUGAUAAUGUCGUGGACGAAGGAUCCGUCGAAAAGGCCGUACAAAUUAUGGCCAAUAUUGCUGCUCUGCAGCAUUGUCUUCCUCGCUUUCUAGGUACUAUUCUCCGAGGCAUGUGUCAUAUAGGAAUGAUUAAAGCUGAGGAAUUGGACGAAACGUUUGUGUACGCUGAAAUGACGCUCAAGUCAGCUGACAAAGCUUGCGACGCGCAGAUGGGUAGCACGUACAGUUUGGUCUAUGAGAUUUGCCGUAACAAGAUUGAUUCGCACAUCAACUAUGCCUUGGAAAACUUCAACUGGGUCGCAAAAUCGGUGCGUGAUAUGCCGAACGCCUAUUGCGAAGGGCUGAUCGGGUACAUGCGAUCCGUUUUCAAUUCGUUGGGUCCAAUGGACGAAGGAUCUAGGGCUGGACUCCAUUUUUCAUGCUGUGGUCAUGUUUCGGAACGUCUUGUCAAGUUGUUAGCUGGAAAACCCGGUGAUACCGCCACAUUCGACGACUCUGGUCUACCGCCAAUCGCACGCAUUGAUGCCUUUGGUAUAAAAAAUUUGGCGUUGGACUGCGAUGAGUUGGAAAAGUUUGCCGAUUCAACGGCCAUUCCUCAGUUGCGCGACUGUUUCAACGAGCUUCGAGUGCUGACUUCUGUGAUGCUGGACAAGGACCUUCCUAUGCUUGUUAUGCCAGAGAAUGUAGCUCAACGUCGACGAAAAUACCCUAUUCUGAGUAUGGACAAGGUUGGUAACAUUUUGGAAAAGUACGUAGGCACUGGGUUGGGUGACAAACUUAUGGGAGGCUCUCGCAAAGUGGAUAUUCUUUUUAUUGACAAAAAAGAAGUUCAACAACUGAUCAAAAUUGUGCGAUCACAGGGUAUUUAA